AGACUUCGUCACAGUACUGUUCAAUGUACUGUCGAGCUGCUGACAGCCUGGUAUCGUUGACCUUGGUGACCUUGGAGGGCUAAGAGGUUGCCGCUCCGUGGGCCGGUCGACGUGUCUCUGCCCCUGUACAUUCGUGCUUUCUCGUUUGGAGGUUCUACAACCUCUCUAAAUUCGUGGCAACGAACUCUAAGAACUCCACUUCUUUCUCCACCUCGUCCACCUCCCACCACCACCCCCUCGACUUCACCACACUGAACUCUUUGACACUUGCUUGGCAAUCGUCGAAAGAUGGCUCGCGGAACUAAAGUUCCUCGACAAGGGGCAUUCCACUCAGUGGCUGAUGAUGAGAUGGUGAUGGCUCCGAAAGCAAAAUCAUACCGAGAAUCUCGACUCGAGUCCUUGCCAGCCGAGAUCCGGCGGCGCAUAUACCUCUUCGUUGGUAUCUUCGAUGGGGCAAAGGGCUGGGCUAAGUGCCAUAAUUGGCCCGAUUGCACUGAUCCCUCGCACUACAAGAAAGCCCUGAGCAGCAAUGAUCGCGGAACCACCGACCAUCGCGACCAUUACCAAAACUCUUUCCUGCAGUGCCAAAUCACGCGGUACUGGUUCGGGGAAUACGAUGGUUCGAUGCCUAGGGUAGAGGGGCUUUGCUAUCGUCGCCAAGCUGGGCAUACCUAUCCCUGUGAUGUCCACCAUUUGGACUACGAGACGUACGAAGGGCACCUUGGGCUUCUGUGCACGAACAAAUUCCUCUGUGCGGACGUUUACUCGCUAAUAUACAACAAUAUACCCACGGAGUUCCGAUUCGAGCUGUCGAAUAGGGCGAUCCAUUUGAACAACUGGCCGAAGCAGCACCCUGAUACCCCGAGUGGGUCCCCGGGUGAUUACUACAAAAAACACACCUGGGAGCACAUGAAGCUAUCGCCCUUCCCCUUCCGUUUUAUGACUACAAUCAUCCUGAGCUAUGAGAUCGGUAUGGGCUACGAAUCCCAGAUGCCGCACCGAUAUCUAGCAUACAGCCGACGAGUGGGCUCCUUCUUGACCAAACAAGCCACCUCCAUCCGGUACAUUGCCCGCCAUUGCCCAGCACUCAGAGAACUCGAAAUCCGCCCGCUGAUGACCCGCAUCGAGAAGUGCAAACUUGGAGUUUUCGAUGUUAUGGCCUUCGCCAUGCAGGAAUUGGUCUGUGGAUGCCCUGACUUGCAGCGAAUCGCUCUCACGUACGUCGAGACGAAGAAGGUUAGCCUGGCCGACUAUCCGGAGAUCUUGGAUGUCGAGCAGCACGAUUUCGGUAACUUCUUUCAUGAUCUCUUGUUUGGGAACGACAGUUGGUUCAACAUCUUCAAGGCGCAGGACUGCUUGGAUGUGCGGAACAUCCCGCAGGAAUUACGAGAAGAUGAGAUACGCGAGUGGGUUAAAGGCGUUCUAGUUAAGAUCCGGAAGCAUAACCUUCAAGCCCCAGAUCCGGUCCAGCAGCGGGAUAAUGACGGGCACGUCUAUAAGACCUGGGCCGAGAAAUUCUCUACAAUCGAUUCGUGGUACUCAGACGACCGCAUUGAUGGUCCUGGUAAGGCAACUUAUUAUAGGUACUCGGAGCUGAAUAUUGACUCAGUUUGGACAUGGUAACGGUAAUGAGCAUGAAGGAAGACAAGACUAGCCAUGAUCAACUAUUGGGGAUGUGGCUGAUGGAAGUUGAAAGAUUGAGACGGCUGAGACCGGCCCUAACACAUCUAACACAUAUCCCUUAGCUGAGCUAACUAUUAUUCACCAGCUCAAGCAUUCCCUAGCCUGAUUGAGAGCAAGUGAUGCCCACAUGAUGCUCCUGACGUCGCGUAACCGCAAGGACCCACAAUUAAAAGAAAUAAGCCCAGCGCUAUAC